AGGGUCUCUCCAUAUGCAAGGUAUCCAUUUCUCCAAAACCAACCUGCCUCUUCCACCUUUGUUGAUACUCGACUUAUCUCCUCUGCUAUUACGUUGCUACUCUCCAACCAAGCAUCGUAGCCAUUUUGAUUGCCUGUUUGGCCACGACUUCUACGCGGCUACAGCGCACCGGCCUCCAACGACAUAAGAUACCCUCCGUCCUCAUUGUUUGCGACGGGCACAUUCGACCUCGAUACAUUUCUAAACCACUCAAUCGCCGCAGUCACCGACAAGGGACGCUUACACAAUGGCGAAGGUUGCGACCGACUUUGAGCGCAUCAUCCAAGAAGGACGAGAAAGGAAGAAGAACGAGGCGCUGGCACAGAAGAUCUUCUCCAAGGAUAGACGGCAGAGCGCACCUACCAAGCUCAAGCCGGGCGCGGGUCCGUCGCUGGCGAGCAGAGUCGGCGUCAAGAAGCAGCGCACCGCCUCUCUCGGUCCCAAGGCCCUCCCUGCGGGUAACAUCGAUGGCGACUGGACACACGACCUCCAUGGGACCGUGAACGGCGGCGGCAGGGGACGGAAUAAUGGUGGCAACGCCGGUGCUGGCGGCCUCGCGUCGCGUAUCUCGGCGCCCGGAGGUAGAACCGCGCCCGUUGGAGCUGUGGCGGCCAGACGAGGCGAUAGACGCGCCGAGCAGAAGGCCGCCAAAGUCGCCACAGCGAUUGAGCGCUCGGGUGGCAUGCCAGACAUCCAGAUGACAUUUUCCGCGCCCACCAACGCGCCGACCGGCCCUGCAGUGAAGAAGGGUCUUUCGAUCCGUGGCCUGGCGGGCCCAUUUGCGGUCAUGGCCCAGAACUUCGCGCCGGGGACUACAGCAGCAGAUAUCGAGAGUGCGAUGACGCCUGUCGGCGGGGAGAUGCUGAGCUGUCGGAUCAUCAAGACCAGCCCGCUCAUUGUGGCGGAGAUGGUGUUUGCAACCAAGGAGGGUGGGGACGCCGUCAUUGAAACGUUCAACAACCAAACGGCCGAUGGACGGAUCAUCAAGGUAUACCCCAAGCCCGGUGGCUACAAGGAACCCGUCACGACCAACGGCGCGCAUCCUGUGAACGUCCGGUCGACGUCGAACCACAUCAUCGACGGCACGAACGGAUUCCCCGAAGAGAUGGAGGAAGACGACGGCGGCCUGUACAGCGAUCGGAUCGUUGGCAGCGGCUACAGCAGCAGCACCAACCGCAGAGGCCGCGGCUUCUACCGCGGUGGCCGCAGAUGAAGUGAGGCAAGGGGGCUCCAGAUGACACAAUCAUCAACAAAAAAGGGAUAUUCUACUUGGGGCGUUAUAGAAGAGCGGGCUUGGGAAAGGUGGAACACCUAGGCGACUCAUGUGUAUGUGUGUAUAUGCUUUCUGGUUCUUCUUGGAACCGAUCAUGUCGGGGAGAAACCUCUUCUUGGGACCUUUCAAUGGGUUUCCGAGCGCGUGGAUAUCUCGACCUCUUUUCGCUUCUUCUCUUUUUUGGAAGCCUGUGUAUCAAUAGACCCCAAAACCCCGCGUUCCUGCUACCCGCCUACCGGAGGAAAAGAAGAAAAAACACCAAUGUCGCCGUCACACAUCCUGAUCUCGCUACUAAUGCUACUCAUGUAGUUUU